AUUUUGUGUCUUUUUUAGUCCUUUAGUCCAACAUAAAAUGUGAUUUUGAAUCUUUUUUUUACUUUCAAAACACUGUCAUGCUCAAUAAAUAAUUUUAAAUGUUGCAAAUGUGAACACAUGUUGCAAAUAUAACAUAUAAUUAUAAAUCUAAUCUAAUCUAAUCUAAUCUAAUUAUAAAUCUCCAAAUCUCCUAAAUUUGUCUCCAGUUUUACUUGGUAUAUCAUCAUCAAACUGAAACUGGCCUCAUGGAGUAUACAGCCAGAACUUUAUGGAUAAAUUUACAGUAGGGCUCCACGCUGCUUUGUUUUUACGUCUGGAUGACAUGAAGACGUCAUGCUUUGAUGCUUUUGGAGACUCCAGACGGUUAAACAAAGGCAUCAUGUAAACAAAAAAACAACAACGGUGGCAUUAAGGAGCCCCUGCGUCAUCCUGUUUGCGUGUUUCCGCACGUUACUUGUCUCUCACAUAACUGACAAUCGCUUCUCGUGCCAGCCAGGCUCAUUGACGUCAAUAGAUUUCAGCAUACACACUCUACGUGGCCAGGAGGCGGAACCCGCCACUGUCCCCGCCCCUCCAAACCCGUGAUUGGUCCAAACAAAGCUCUUUCUCAGCCUCGAGAGGAGGAGUCGGAAGAUCUCUGCACUCUCGUUGGUAGUUUGACGACAUUGAUUUGUGAUUGACUCUCGGCUCAAGGACAGAAAUUAGUUGCAGGUGACGCUGGACAAACAUACUGUCCUGCUAAACAUUUCAGCCAUUGUAGAAGCUUUCAUUGAAGAGGAUCGGCGGUGCCGUUCGGCGGGAGAUGCAGUAAGAGAACUGAACACAUCAGCUAAUCUUCGGAGUAGAGCCAGUGUAUGCCACCUUUUCCCGUGUUUCUCCGGAUGGAUACCGGACACGCCUCCCCGCCGUCCUCCAUGGUGGCGGGUCCUUCCUCGCUGUGGCGGCUGACUGAAAGGAGGAGCAGGAAGGCUGGCUCUGCGAAUAUUUUCAGCAACGUGAAUCUGUGGCAGCUACAGAGACUGUUCAGGGCAGCGGGGGAUCAGGAUGCGGAGCAGAGGGCUCAGCUGAUUUGGGGUCAAGGAGAUGAGGCCGAACUUGCUCAGGCAUUGAUAGGACUCAGGGCCCGAAGUCACAGAAGAGGCCUGAGGGCUAACGGGAGAGAGGUGCUGGGCUCACACUGGCUACGAGCCUUCAAUCACCUCAGGAUCGGAGAGAGCUCACCAAGCAGUCCGGGGAAGGAUCCUGGGGAGGAGAGUGACCCUGAGGCCGGAGCACACAGUCCAGAGCCACGCCGACACACCUCUGUAGGAGCAACAGGAAGAGGCACGGGGCUAACUGAGGGCCAAGGCCCUGCAGGGACUUCAGAGAGACCUGUCCGAAGCAGCUCUGGACUGAGGAGAGGAGGAGAGAACAACCCAGAGAGAUACCUCCACAGAAUACUUCACUGACUUGACCAAAGCUGACUUUUACUCUCUUGAGUCUACCAGCACUUCAGCCUGCUCAUCUCUCCUGAAUACACUAAUGAUGUGUUUGCAAACUGGAGCUAGGUUGAAGUAACUUCUGUGAAAAGCAAGUGAAGCUGGAUGGCAGGUGGAAAGGAUAGUUUUUCAUAAUGCCAUAAUGUCCGGUCUUUUUUAACGGCGCUGAGCAGAUGGCAGCAUACUGACAACUGCACUAUUGCAGACACAUCUCCACCUGAACAAUGAAGGCAGCACAAACCUCUGACUGGCUCCUGGUAGCUUUUUUAUAUUGUGGUUACCUCUCAAGAACUGCCUUAUGUUUUCCUAAAUUUAUCCUACCUCUGACACUAACCACACAUACUGAUAAUUAUGGACGGUGAGGUGACCUUUUAGGGAUGCACAAUAUGGAUUUUUAACCAGUUAUUACCAGCUUUUCAUGGCCAAUAACAAAAGUAAAUAAUCACUUUUACAUUUAUGUAUUUUCAGUUCCUUAUCUGAGGGUAAGAAAGGCUGACAUGUAGCUCUAAACUAACCAAAUAUAACUGACAUCACUAUUGUUAUGACAACAAAAACAAAGAGUUUAAGUAAAGAGUUUUCUAGGAAAGCACAUCAAGAACUGCUUUGACAUAAUCUGUCAAAUUGGAUAUGUUAAUGCAUUUAAUAUAUAUUUAAUAGAAAAAAUAAAGGCUUUUAUAGAACUGAAAACAAUGGCUACUGAGUCUGCAGGUAAAACACAUUGACGAAAGACAUAUCAUAGACUCAUGCUAACUCAGACUUAUUGUAAUAAUACAUUAUAAUACAAAUUAUAAAUGUAAAUAAAUCCCAUUAUUGGCUGAUCAUUAUUUGGAUUGUCUUGUGCAUCCCUGGUAGUUUUGUAGUUCGGUGGUGUAAAUCAAGAAGUAAACAAGUUAGUUAUUAGGAUCACUGUAAGGCAAAUGGUCCCAUCAUCUUUUAUCAGGCUUACAGCUGGUUUUAUAGUGUGAUGUGUUGCUUAUCAUUGACUUGUCAGCAGAUGUAUCCACGUCCUGUACCACAAAAAGCCAUAUAUGUAGAUAUAUGAAGUUCAAUUUGUACCCACUGUGUCACUGGUUAUGUGUAUGCUACUUUACACAACACUAUAAACGGGUAUGAGUGCAAUGGGAGCAGUAAUGGGUGUCAUGAGACGUAGAAAUACAGGUUAGAGACUCAAACUUAAUGAUCCAACAUGUAAAAGUAAUUUCUGCCAGUCCUUGGUUUGUAGAUAUUGAAAGGAAAGUGUCAGGUGUUCCACCUAAAGACCUAAAGUAAUAGCUGCGAGGCCAAACUGAGAAAUGUCCUUUGCUGUUCAGGGGAAGAAAAACUUGAAAAAAUAAAGUUCUCAUAUUAACACUGCCUAUGAAAAUAUGAUGUCACCAACUUUGAUUAAGCUUUUUUUAAUAAUACUAUUUGUUGUAUUGUUUUAGAAUUGUGGUAAUUAAAAGGUGUUUGCAUUGUC